GAUCAGCCUGCCCGGAGAGGCGAGCGGGGCGGCUGCAGCUGGUGGGACCGACCGCGGGCAGCAGGAGAGCGGCGAGGGCCAGCGGGCGCCCCGGAGAGCCGGCGAGGCUGACUCGGAAGUAAGUCCCACGCUGCAUCCAAGUCACGGGUGGAGGUGAAAGAUGACCACUCUCACCCGGCAGGAUCUCAACUUUGGCCAAGUGGUGGCUGAUGUGCUGUCCGAAUUUUUGGAAGUGGCCGUGCACCUCAUUCUUUAUGUCCGGGAAGUCUACCCCACUGGGAUUUUCCAAAAGAGGAAAAAAUACAACAUUCCUGUCCAGAUGUCUUGCCACCCGGAGUUGAAUCAGUACAUCCAAGACACCCUUCACUGUAUCAAACCUCUGCUGGAAAAGAAUGACGUGGAAAAAGUCGUGGUGGUCAUCCUGGACAAAGAGCACCAUCCGGUGGAGAGGUUUGUGUUCGAAAUCGUGCAGCCGCCCCUGCUGUCGAUCAGCUCUGAUUCCCUCCUGAACCACGUGGAACAGCUGCUGCGUGCUUUUAUUCUGAAGAUCAGCGUGUGCGAUGCUGUCCUGGAUCACAACCCACCAGGCUGCACUUUCACAGUCUUAGUCCACACCAGAGAAGCUGCCACCCGGAACAUGGAAAAGAUCCAGGUGAUCAAGGAUUUCCCCUGGAUCUUAGCAGAUGAACAAGACGUCCACAUGCAAGACCCACGGCUGAUCCCCCUGAAGACCAUGACGUCGGAUAUUUUGAAGAUGCAGCUUUAUGUAGAAGAGCGAGCUCAAAAAGGCAGCUGAAUCCAACGCUUCCUGCAGUUCUGAGAUCUGCAAGGAGCUCACCACGCGAGCAGACUCCGGGGCAGACAGAGUACUGGUGCUAAGCCCACGCGCGUGCCGAUGUUUUUCAAAAGUGCUCUUAACCUGGUCUACAUUACAGACUCCUGGAAAAACAAACUGUACAGCCAUCAGCGACUUUGUGCAACUGUGUUUGGGGUGUGUGUGCGUGUAACAAGUUUCCAGGCUGCUGCAAGGACUGGUUUUAAGCGUUUCUGGAGAGAGUUGCUGUGCUGCAUUCUGUGUUUUUUGUGAGCCUGAAGAGGACGCAUUCAUAUGAUCUCCUUCUUGGUUCUGAAGUUCCUGUAUGUCUGUUGUGGCUGUCCAGGGUGGGCCGCUUGGCCUUUGCUCGCCGCCCUUGGGCAUGGUGAUUGUUCUGGCUAAUCAAUAAACAGAAUCUUUUCUAUCAUAAA